AUGUAUAUUUUAGCGUUACGAUCAGCGGCAUCUAAUAGUCGUUUACCAUACGACAAGCUGACCGCUCAAGAAUUGGUUCAUUUUCCUGAUGCAUCAGAUUCGAAAGCAUCCACAAAUUUGUACCUAUUUAUCAGGAACAAAAUACUGCAAUUAUGGCUUCUUGAACCUAAUGUGGAGCUGACCAGUGAAGAUGCCAUUGAUCAACUUCCAAUCCCAUUCAACAGUGAUCGUCGUUUUGUCCGUCGAAUUCAUGGCUUUCUCCAGAGAUAUGGUUUCAUCAAUUAUGGUAACUUCCACCGAUUAGCUUCAGCUCUUGUGCUGACCUCGAAAAGAAAGCGCGUUGUGAUCAUCGGUGCUGGUGCUGCUGGCAUUGCUGCUAUGAAACAGUUACAUUUCUUCGGCUUUGAUGUGGUGAUGUUGGAAGCAAGAAAAAGACUUGGCGGUCGCGUUCACACUUACCAUCAGAAGGAUUCGAGUGUGGUCGCCGAUCUUGGAGCGAUGGUUGUCACAGGAAUUAAUGGGAACCCCAUUGUGACGAUGAUGCGACAGACUCAGUGUACUCCUGUUCGUAUCACACCAGACUGCCCCAUCUAUGAUGAAUAUGGGAAAUUAGUGGAUCAGCGAAAGGACGAGUUGGUCGCUGAAGCCUUCAAAAAGAUCGGCGAUACUGCUUCGUAUAUAGCGCACACCUUGGGUGUGACUGAAGUGAAUGGAAAGAACUUGAGCAUAGCUGAUGCUUACAAUGAGAUUCUUGAGUGAGU